UAAACCUUUUAAUAUUAGCAUUAAUUAUGUCUCACCAGAGGACAAAUUCAAGGCUCUAAUGCAUGAAAUUGUUAAACUGGACAAAAAAAUUGAAGGUGGCCACAGCAAUUUGACGAAGAAAAUACAUUUAUACCCAUGUGUACUUACUGGUUAGUGUGCUUUGUGCACUCUCACUAAAUAUUGAAUGCUACUUUGCCCCUUAGGGCCACUAGUAUAUUGUCCCACAUAUUAAUUGUAUGGUGACCCCUCCUAUAACUGUAAGCAUGUUAUGUCAUAGUCCUUUGUCCACGGGUAUCCAAUUGUUUGCCACUUUAGUCCAUUGAAGCCUCUUGAUCCAUAUGGAGCAAAGCAGGAGACAAGGUAAAGUCGCUCUAGUCACUUGGGCAGGUAGUUCUUUGGAACUGUUAGUGUAGUGUAGCCUACAGGGUUUAAUUCACAGCUUCCCACAGGUAUUUAUAGCUUAUCUGCUUGCAUAUCACAGUAUCUCUGUAAUAUGAUACAUCUGAGCACUGAAGCGAUACAUCCUAGCACUGAAGCAAUACAUCCUGAAGCUCAUCUGUCAAAUGGUUUAUUUUCCUUUCUCCUUCCUUUCAUCUAAACUUCCUUGUAAUCACAUGACGAGUGAAAGCACACUUGCUGGUAGGCGUUAUCCAUAUUAUUGCCUUCAUCCUUCCAGCCUUUGAUCUAAUCAGUAUAGAUUAAGGAAAGGCCAGUCAAUGAAGAGUUCUGAGACACUGUCUGGGAUGGGGAAUGCAGUUCUGUUUGCAUCGUCCAAUAUUUUGCUCCUGCCCAGCACCAACACACCCAAUGCAACAAAUCAAGGAGACGCGUCUGAAAGAGGGCAUUGUCAAACUACAGCCCCAGGAGGAACCUCUGCGCUCAGAACUGCUCAGUGGAAAGUUCACUGUGCUGAGUGUGCGAGACCCAUCAGGCGCCUCCAUAGCCUUGUACACGGCCAAGCUCCACCACCCCAACAAGACAGGCAACCAUGUUGUCCUGCAAGCUCUUUUCUACCUCCUGGACCAGGCUGUGGAGAGCUUUGAAACUCAAAGAAAUGGCCUGGUGUUCAUUUACGACAUGGCGGGCUCCAACUACACCAACUUUGAGCUGGACCUCAGCAAGAAGAUCCUCAACCUACUCAAGGGGGCGUUCCCUGCCAGGCUGAAGAAAGUGUUGAUAGUGGGCGCCCCUGUCUGGUUCCGCGUGCCCUACAACCUGCUGAGCCUGCUGCUUAAGGAGAAACUCAGGGAGAGGGUCCAGAUGGUCAAAAUGUCUGACCUCUGCCAGCACCUCCCACGGGACUGUCUCCCUGAGCACCUGGGGGGGCUGCUGCCCCUGGAUGCCCACAGCUGGAACCAGCAGCUUCUGGCUGGGCAGAACGGCCGUGUGGACCCCGUGGAUGAGCUGGUUGGCAUCCCCCUGGAGGACUCGUCGGUCCACAACCCUGGGCCUGAGGCCAUGCGUCUGCCUGAGCUCAUGGCCCACCUGGGCAGGCUCCAGCGGUCAGGCAUCCACCUGGAGUACGAGGAAAUCCGCAAGGAGCAACCACCUGGGACAUUCCAUUGUGCCCUUACUGCAUAUAACCAGGAGAGGAAUCGCUAUGGGGAUGUCCUGUGUCUUGACCAAACAAGAGUUCACCUGAAAACCAGAAGAAAUGAGAGAUCGGAUUACAUCAACGCCAGCUUCAUGGACGGCUACAAACAGAAAAAUGCAUACAUUGGUACUCAAGGACCACUGGAGAAAACCUAUGGGGAUUUCUGGAGGAUGGUCUGGGAGCAAAACGUGCUAGUCAUUGUCAUGACAACAAGGGCGGACGAGGGAGGUCGGAAGAAGUGUGGUCAGUACUGGCCUCUGGAGGAAGGCGGCCAGGAGGUGUACAGUCACAUGGCUGUGGUCAACCAGAGGGUGGACAAUCACUCCCACUACAACCAGACCACUCUGGAGCUGCACAACAUGGAGAAUUGUGAGCAGAGGCAGGUGACCCACUUCCAGUACCUGAGCUGGCCCGACUACGGCGUCCCCACCUCGGCUGUGACGCUCAUUGACUUUCUGGGGGCCGUCAAGAGGCAGCAGAGGCGGUCAGUGAAGGCCAUGGGGCCUCAGUGGACGGGCCACCCCUUGGGACCCCCCAUGGUGGUUCACUGCAGUGCUGGCAUCGGCAGAACAGGUACCUUCUGUGCCCUGGACAUCUGUCUGUCCCAGCUGCAGGAUGUGGGGACGCUCAACGUGUGUCAGACGGUGCGGCGGAUGAGAACGCAGAGGGCCUUCACCAUCCAGACCCCAGACCAGUACUACUUCUGCCACAAUGCCAUCCUGGAGCACGCUCAAAGACAGGGCCUGCUCUCAGCCAAUCAGUGAUGCCUGGUGGUCGCCUUGUAGUUCUCAUAGCCAGUCUGUGAUGCCCUGGGUGUUGUCGUAGCCUAUCAGUGACCCUUCUCGCAGCCAAUCUGUGAAUCCAGGGGACACUUUGUAGCCAAUCAGCAUGCCCACUUCUAGCAAAUGCCAUCACUUCUUCCCUUUUUAAGAGGCCUUUAAGACCAACUCAUUCCUCCUUCUGACUCUGCCACUUCUGACAGAGCCACAGUUGUGAUGAAAAAUGUUAGAUAGUAAGACAUAAUAACAUACAAGACACAGCAACCUGGCAACAAAUGUUGUCAGUUUUGUGUCUGAGGAAGGUUUUGAAUCAUUAUGUGGCCGUUAUCUGUGUCUAUACGAGUCUGUCGUUUAGUGUUGUGACAUACUGCACACAUCAUUCGCUUUGGUGUCUUGUGUGAUCCAGAUACUUAGCAGUAACCGAUGACAUGAACUUUGCGUUCAACAUCCUUUUUAAGAACCUACCACAUCUGUGACCAGUUCAGUGACCUUUGAGAAGGCCUUUUCUCUUGCUCUCUCCCUCUCUCCAUCCUCUACCUGUGAAAGCAAAGAAGAAUGGUAUUGGAGAAGAAAGUAAUAAUAAUAGUUUUUUUUCAUGGUCUUUUGCCUCUUGGUAUUGUCGUUGUGACCUUGGCAUACAAGCGUUGAAUCCCUCCUGGGACGACCCCCCCCCAACUUCUCCUGGGCCAUUGAAUCGAAUGGCUACAUGUAAAAGUUGCCCCUGAGAUGCAUGCGGACUUCUCAUCUUACCCUACCCCCAAUCCAAGCCUCAACCAUUGAGAGUUAAAAUGCAUAGAUGACCUUAAGUUCAACUUAAAGUAAUACUACACAUAUUAAUGUUUUUGUGAGCAGCUGAUAAAGUUGCUAUCUCGAUGCAUUUCCUGCAGAUCGAAUAAUUAAGAGCUGGCCUCCUGACAACACAUGAACCAUCUGCCUUCAUUUUGUUAUUGUAAGUCAUUCACAUUGGCUGUUCAAACGUUCCUUGUGAAAAUCUUGUAGUGAUCGUGACAUUAAAUGUUUGGUCGCCGCUGCUUUCACUCAGUAGUUGUUCCGUUUGCUUCAGUUGUGUCAUGUACGUCUGAGCCGCCUAUGCUGCAAUGGACCUAGUGUAGGAAGGCCAUAACCCUGCUUCCGCUUUAAGACACCAGUCUUAGACCUCACCUCAGUAAAGUGCAAUAGACUUUUAUACACAGCCAUGUUGAAGCACUUUGUGCUUUUAGAGAUUACAGUUCUUGUGUUGGUAAAGUGCAUUUAAGGUGAAAUUACAAUUAUAGGAGAUUGUAUACAUGUGAUAUACAGUGCCUUCAGAAAGUAUUCACACUUACUUACUUAUUCCACAUUUUGUUACAGCCUGAAUUAAAUAUGUUUUUUCUCUCACCCAUCUACACACAAUACCUCAUAAUGACAAAGUGAAAACAUGUUUAUUUUAUUUUUUUACAUUUAUUGAAAAUUAAAAUCAGAAAUCUAAUUUUACAUGAGUAUUCACACCACUGAGUCAAUACUUUGUAGAAGCAUCUUUGGUGGUGAUUACAGCUGUAUGUUUUUUUGGGGGGGGUAAGCCUAAGAGCUUUGCACACCUGGAUUUUACAAUCUUGGUAAGGAACUCCAGUGUAGAUGUUUUAGGUAAUUGUCCUGCUGAAAGGUGAAUUUGUCUACCAGUGUCUGUUGGAAAGCAGAGUGAACCAGGUUUUUCUCUAGGAUUUUUCAUCUGCUUAUUCUUAUUGUUUAUUUUUGGCUUAAACUUCCUUGCCAAUGACAAGCAUACCCAUAACAUGAUGCAGCCACCACCAUGAUUGAAAAUAUGAAGUGGUACUCAUUGAUGUGUUGGAUUUGCCCCAAACACAAAGUUUUGUAUUCAGGAAAAAAGUAAAUUUCUUUGCCACAUUACUUUAAGUGCCUUGUUGCAAACAAGGUGCAUGUUUUGGAAUUUGCGUGUCCUGUACGGGCUUCCUUUUCACUGUCAUUUAGAUUAGUAUUGGGAAAGGGGAUACCUAGUCAGUUGUUCAACUGAAAUGUGUCUUCAUUGUGGAGUAACUACAAUGUUGUUCCAUCCUCCGUUCUUAUAUUACAACCAUUAAAUUCUGUUUUAAAACCA